AAUUCCCGCUCAAGUUAAAACUGUCGCCAUUUUUUGUGCAAACCUUGUAAACAUACGAAAGUCAAAGGAAACUUAAAUAAUUUUACUUAUUGGUAAUUAACAAUCAAUUAACCACCAAUUGGAUACAUUGUUAAUAAUUACGUAACAAUAAAUUAUUGUAAUUCAAUUUAUAUUAAAUCAAUUGAUGUGAUUUUUCUUCAAGUGACAGUUCAUUAGGAUUUUUGUAAAUAAUUUUAUGAUUAAAAUUCUCAAAUUUAAAUCCCAGUUAAAUUUAUUUCAUAAAACAAACAGUACCAUAAUGUCUAAGAAAAAAAAUGGCCGGUUCAAUGGAGUGUCAGAAGAAGAAAUAAUGAAGAAAACAAAUUCACUACCAGAUUAUUUGCAGCCGGAUCUGGAUGUCGUUUUUGUGGGCAUAAACCCAAGUUUAACGGCUGCAUUCAAAGGUCGUUAUUAUGCAGGACCCGGUAAUCAUUUUUACAAACUACUGCAUGCAUCUGAAUUAGUACCAAGUUACGUUCCUUUUGAUGAAGACUACAAAUUACUUGAAUAUAACAUCGGACUGACAAAUAUCGUCGAUCGCGCAACUCGGUCAUCCGCCGAUUUAAAUUCUAAGGAAAUAAAACGAGGUUGCGAUAUCGUUGAUGAAAAACUGAAGAAAUUCAAACCGAAGUUGGCGGUUUUUAAUGGGAAAUGCAUUUACCAAAUUUUCGCCCAACAGUUCGGGAAGACGAAAUUUAAUUUCGGUCUGCAGAAUGAGAAAAUUGGCGACACUGCAAUUUGGGUCGUACCUUCAAGUAGUGCAAGGUGUUCAAAUUACCCGCGUAUGGUUGAUAAAUUAUAUUUUUAUCAAGCGAUAAAGAAACAUAUUUUAUUUUUACGCGGCGAAAUACCGGCCAUUAAUCUCAAUGAAUUUUAUUCGAUGGAUGUAAAAAAAUCGACGGUUAAUAAAAGUAAAAAUAAAAAUGUAACUGAUGAGUAUCCGCAAUAUUUUAUAACAGAAAUUCUUGAUGGUACGCAGAAUAAAUCUAAUGAAAAUGAAGUUAAAGAUAAAGAAGAAAUAGGGGAAUGUUCGGUAAAAAAUAACGACACUAAAUCGUGUUACUUUUCAACGGAUGAAAAAAAAGGAGAGGAUGAGACAGUAAGUGCUGGCGGUAGCGUUUUGUCAGAAGAAAUAAAUGAUGGAGGCAAAGAAGAAAUAAAUGAUGAAGGUAAAGAAGAAAUUAAAAGUUUUAAAAAUAAAGGCGGGAAAGUUAAAAAAAAUUUAAAAAGAAAUCGAGAAGAGAGUGAAGGAGAAUCUCAAUUUAAAUUGAAAUCUAAAGAUAAGAAUGAUAAGGGCGCGAGUGUUGAUUUCAUGAGUUUGAUUAAGCAGAGAUUGUUAGAGAAAGAAAAAAAAAUUAGUAAUGAGGGUGAUGAUGAAUAAUAAUUUACACGCGAGUUUCAUAGCUUAUUUUUAAAUUAAGUUCUAAAGACUCAAUGUCUCAGUACGUUUAUAUAAAUUUAACUUUCACAGUAACAUAAGUUCUAUUUCCAAUUACACUCUGCAAUUAAACUUUUACAAUCAGAAGGGAUUUGAAUAUAACUCUAGUGAAAACUUUUAAGAACAUUCUAUCCAGAUGAUUUUUAGGAUUAAUAUUGUUUUGAAAUUUAAUGGGCACUGAGACAAAGUAGAGUAGGAACAUCUUUUUAUAAAAAAAAAAAAUUUCAACUGAAAUUACAAAGUUACCAGAAAAAAUUAUUAAGUUUAUCGUUUACAUUUUGAAUUUGAAGUUGAAGCACAAACUGUAUUAUUGUGGUAUUUAUUUUUUUACUUUAAUAAAUAGAUAUAUUUUUUUACGAAACCGCUUGUAGCGGAUCUAAAUUACUACCUCAUUUUUUAAAUUAUUAAUU